AUGGUCGCACGAUCAACUCUCAGCGCGUUCCUUCUCGGUCUAGUUUCUACUGUCCUGGCAACGCCAAUUACCACUCAGAAAGGCGACUACGUCAACUGGAGGAAGUUCCAUGCCAACGGUGUCAAUCUUGGAGGAUGGCUUGCCCAGGAAGCCAGCAUUGACCCGUACUGGUGGGAUCAACACUGUAGAGGUACUGUUGAUGAAUGGAAUUGUUGCAUCAAGCUCGGCGACCAAUGCCAUUCCGUAUUCGAAAAACGUUACGCAACGUACAUCACAGCUAAGGACAUCGACAAGCUGGCGUCUGGAGGAGUGAAUCUCAUACGCAUUCCGACCACAUAUGCUGCCUGGGUCAAGAUUCCAGGAGCUGGGUAUCAUUCUGGCAACCAGCGAAAAUACUUCAAGCGAGUCGCCGAUUAUGCCAUUAAGAAGUAUGGUAUGCAUGUCGUUGUGGAUUUGCACUCGCUUCCUGGUGGAGUCAACGGCUUAGACAUCGGCGAGCGUGUCGGCAAAUGGGACUGGUUCAACAACCAGACCAACUUCGAUCUAUCUCUCAAAGCGGUCGACGCCGCUCUGCACUUCAUCCAAUCUUCGGGUUCGCCUCGGUCCUACUCCCUCGCCCCCAUCAACGAACCGGCCGAUGAACCGGACUUCUCCAAAUUCGGCACGCCCGCCGCCCUCACCGACACCGGCGCUGAUUGGGUACUUAAGUACUUCAAAGCUGUCAUUGCGCGCGCCGAGGCCGUUAAUUGCAAGAUCCCCAUCAUGCUGCAAGGCAGUUUCAGAGGCGAGCCUUCCUGGUCUGGUCACUUCUCUUACAACACAAAUAUCGUUUUUGAUGUGCACAAUUACUACUUCGCCCUGCCCAUUGACUCUGGCAACAUUACAAGUAGGCUCUGUGCGGAUGCGAAGACGCUGGCUGGCGAUGGGAAGUUUCCUGUAUUUGUGGGCGAAUGGGCAAUUGAGACGGGUGCGAACAACAAGUUUGCGAACCGUGCGAAGAACCUGAAUACGGGGUUGUAUGCAUACAAUAAGUACACGCAGGGAAAUGCGUAUUGGACUGGCAAGUACUUGGGCAAUGUGUCUGUUGCAGGGGAGGGGACGAAGAGAGAUUACUGGAACUAUGCGUCAUUCAUUGACACGGGCAUCAUUAAUGAGAAGCAGGGGAAGUUUUAUUGUCACUAG